UAAAAAUACUUUUAAACAGCGCCAUUAUGAGUCCUCCCUUUAUCCAAUCUGUCUUUAAAUUAGUUUUAAUUUUAUUCCGACAUAGUUUACAACACUUCCAGACCAUAAAGACAAAUUUCAGCAUCAUUUUGAACGUUUAAAGUGUAUAGAUCCUUUAAAGAACUGUCGGAAGUAAAGAAAUAGUAGUAGUAGGCCUACAUGGUGUUUCGUUACGUAACGGAGGAUGGCGAUACCAGUGAAGCGAGUAGCGGUGAUCGGGGCGGGAGUGUCGGGGCUAAUGUCCGUCAAGUCGUGCCUUGAGGCUGGGCUAGAACCCGUCUGCUUCGAGAAAAAUGAACAACUCGGCGGGGUAUGGCAGACCCAGGAGCUGGACAAUUUGGACGGUAUCUCUGGAGGCACCAUCUAUCAAUGUCUGAUGAGUAACUCUAGCAAAGAGAUGAUGGCUGUCAGUGACUUUCCAUUUCCUAAGGAAUACCCUCCCUAUCUCACCCCACAACAUCUCCUCACGUACUACCGCGAUUAUGCCGAACACUUCAAUCUGGACCAGCACAUCCGGUUAGGCAUCGAGGUGAUGAAGGUGGCACCGAGCGCGGACCACGAGGCUACGGGGAGAUGGGAGGUGUGUUCCCGGCCAAGAUGCCGUAGCGGCACGCUGGAUGGACCCACCGCCUCGGAGAUAUUCGAUGCGGUGAUCGUCUCCACCGGCUUGUUCAACACGGCCUUCGUGCCUAGCUACCCCGGGCAGGGGGAGUUUCGUGGACAGAUCCUGCACAGCAACCGAUUCCGGAGCGGAGAACAGUUUGCCGGGAAAACCGUUCUUGUUGUUGGCAGUUCGCAUUCUGCUGGUGAUGUAGCUGUGGAUGCCAGCCGUCAUGCAAAUCAGGUUUACCUGAGCAUGCGAGAUGGAGCCUGGGUGAUCGGCCGGUUUGGCCCGGGCGGCAUGCCCAUCGACGCCUACUCCAACAGCCGCUGGAAGGCCAAGCUCCCGGAGGUCAUCAGACGUCUGGCCGCUCGACCGAUGUUCGAGGGCCGCUUCGAUCUAGAUAACCUAGGCUUGCGGUGUAAGAGGCGGCUGUUUGAAGGCUACAUCAUGGUGAACGAUGAGAUCCAUUGCCGUAUUAUCUGCGGGGCCCUGCAGUGCAAGCCGGGCAUCGAGAGGUUCACACGGGACGGUGUGGUGUUUGAGGACGGGACUCGGGUUGAUGGGCUGGAUGUGGUAGUCUUCGCUACAGGCUACAAUCUCAACUUUCCGUUCUUUGAGGAUAACUCCAUCAUUGCAGAUAAUUUUGCGGACUUGGAGUUGUACAUGCACGUCUGGCCGGCACGCCGUACCCACCCAACGCUGGCUGCCGUGGGCUACGUGUCUACUCUGGGAGCCCAGACCCCGCUAUUCGAGCUCCAAUCACGCUGGGUUGCUCAGGUGUUUCUUGGGAACGCUCGGCUGCCUGGGAUAGACGAGAGGAUGGAGGACGUGAAAAGACGCAAGGAGGCGUACUUUAAGAAGUUCGGGAAGCAUCGUAUCUUUUUCCCACCAAUCCCAUACUGCGAGGAAUUGGCCGACAAGAUUGGAGCACGGCCCAACUUCACCAGACUCCUCCUGACUGACCCCAAACUAGCUCUCCGUGCAUUCUUGGGUCCGGCCUACCCACCCUUCUACCGGCUCAACGGGCCCCACCCAUGGGCGGGGGCCAGAGACGCUAUCAUCAACGGCUGGGCAAAUACCGUCAAUCCCACCAGGACCAGGGUGGUGGAGAAGCCGUCGACUGGUGGCGCCCUCACCGUGGCCAUGUUGAUAGCUGUAACCGUACUUAUUAUUAGUUUAAUCCUCGUGUUAAACUGAUGCCAUUCAAAUUUCCCUUUAAUUGAUGGGAAAAAAAGGAAAAACACUCCUGUUGAAAAACGAACAUGAGUCAGGUUUCCAUCCUGAGACUGAUGGUACAAGAUAAUCAAUAUUGCUCAGGGCAUUGUUUGGCAAGUGGAGGAUCGAACUGACCCAAGGCAGGCUAGGACGAACAUACGCACCUUGUUCCCAUACCCCCGGCCGCCCCAACCAAGAAGUGGGAUUGUCACUUUUAUGAGUUUUAAAGCGACACAAUUUUUGCGAAAAACAGAAAGUGUUUUCUAUUUUUGAUUUAUGUUAAGUUCAAAUAGGCUAGGUAAGGAUAAAUUGAAUCAAACAAGAACAGAGUAACCUAUUAAUUUGCCAGUCAUCAAAAACAAAACGGAUUUUCGAAAUUGGAUGUAGACUAAAUACGAGAGUCACCAUUUGGUUUAAGCCAAACAGUCGAACUGAUUUUUCCCUAUAAAAAUAGGGCAGGGUGGGGUACAGUAAUAUGUCCAGACUGGAUCGGGGACAAAAGCAUUGGAGUUGCGACAACCAGCUGCUGUGUGGGUACACAAUGGAAACAAAAUCAAUGCAACAAAACAUCGAUUCCACAAUCCAUAGUUUCGUUUUGUGUUAAUAACAAUGUACAGACAAUAAAGCAGCAAAAUAUGACUUAAUUGUUUAUAAAUAAAUUUUAAAAAAUAUAGAAAGCAUG